ACGUGCCCGCCCAACUGAAGAUUUGAUAUAAAAUCAGGAGCUGUGGGUAUUUUGCAUUUUGGGUUGUAUUUCCGAGGUGGCCAUUUCAAAUUGUUAUCAGCGUGAAUUCACACGAUGCCCCUCGGUGAAAAUGGUAACCACAUACAUGAGAACAGCGACAUCAACCACAUUGGUGUUGACGGCGGCGGUUGUUACCGCCUAAACCUUGAAGAUGAAAACGUCCCUCAAUGUAACAAUGACAACAACAUUUAUCACAACAACAAUCCUGAGGAGGGUCGUCCAAACAGCGCGACAAACAAAUCAUCUCGGAAACAAAGCACAAGAUACUGGCAAAUUGGAUCGGUCAUCAGUUGUUUUAUAGCCAAUUUUGCUGCUGGUGGCCUUCCAAACUCGUACGGAGUAAUGUACACAUACAUGAAGGAACCUCUGGGUACCACGGAAUGGGAACUGUCUUUGAUAGGAUCUCUCAUGGGUGGAUGUAUAGGGUUUGCCUCAGAAUCACUAGUUUAUCUGCUACUUCUGCCUCCUAUAAUUCCAGCUCGUCAGGGUCGAAAUGUCUUUAUUGUCAUGGGGAGAUGUGUUGGGUUUGCCCGUAUUCUUGGAACGGUAUGUGUUGAUUGUCUCGGGAGUCGUUUCACCACAUUAUUUGGAAGUGCACUAACUGUGAUUGGUUUUAUUGUCGGCAGUCAGCUGGACAACAUAUACGUCUUGUAUUUUACACUCGGCGUUCUUCCAGGAAUUGGUGUUUCCCUCGUCUACACCGCGGCCAUGGUGCAUGUCAACAAACAGUUUUCAAAAUGGCGGCCGUUAGCCGUUGGGGCAUCAGUAACAGGGAUAGCUGUGGGAAUACUCACUUGGCCCCCACUCUCUGCUGCUGUUGCCGACAAUAUGGGAUGGCGGGGGACAUUUCUCAUCAAUGGUGCACUGGCGCUGCACUUCCUACCAUGUGCUCUCUCGAUAACCCCGCGCAGCAGCUCAGAGGAUUCUGUUCAUUGCCCAAGGGUCUCCUUGAGAAACACAAUAAUCAACUGUUUCAAAAUAUACCGGCUGCCCGGAGCAUUUGCAUUCUCCAUUGCUCAAGUGACAUUCGGCUUUUGCUAUUACACUUUCACAACUUUUCUUCCUGACUACGUAUCAACCCCACCAUUCAACAUGGCGGCAUCAGAAGCUGCGCUCAUUGUUUCAUCUUCGGGAUAUGGCAGCAUAUUUGGUCGUCUAAUAUUCUCUGGAAUAGUCAUGGUGAAUACCAAGGGAACUAGCUUCAUAUUUGUAUUUUCGUCCUGCAUGUGUGGCAUCACCAGCCUGCUUGUGCCACUCUGUACAAGCUCCACUACACUGCAUAUUAACAGCGCUGUAAAUGGACUAGCUAUAGGAGGUUGGAUGGGCGUUUUUACACUUGUGGUUGUGGAACUGUUUGGUCUUAAUAAUUUGUCACAAACAUUUGGCAUGAACAUGGUUUGCCAAGGAUUUGGGUCAUUCGUCGGACCGCCGUUACAAAGUUACCUAGCAACUCGACUUGGGAAGGAAGUUACGUUCUACAGCUCUGGAACUUCUUUUCUCGUGACAUCGAUUUUGGUUAUGGUAUCUUUAAUGCAAAAGCAGAAAACAUUUUGUUCUGCAAGUCGGCUUUCGGUAGAGACCGUGGUUGUUGGUGUCGAUAACAAAGGUUUCAAUCCAAGCAAAUCUAAGUACUAAACUGACGAUGCAGUGGUUGUGUGUUGAGUCCCGUGCGGUUGCAUAUUGAUGGUAUGGCUACUGGUGGCUUGUGAUCUGUGCGGCAACAUCCGUGCAUGGUGCCAUGUUAUCUGCGUGAUUCGUCCUCUGUAGUGGCUCCGUGUCUGCUGCCAAUCUGUAUGAUUCCUUUAUGUGCAGUGACACGUGUUCGGUUUGAUGUCUUUCUGUGUGUUCUGUGAUCUGUGUGAUUACCUCCUUUUCAGUGGUGUGUAGACUGUGUGAUAGCUUCCUGUGAUGGUACUUCCCAGCAAACACUCAGCGUUGUGGAUUAGUUGUGGGAAUGUCACGUUGUCACAUCACGUUUUGUAACGUUGUGACACAGUUGCAUGGCAACCAUGAGGAUCCUAUAUGGUUGUAUGUAAUAUUUAAAAGAAAAAACUAAAUUAAGAUCAUUAUUGCCAUUUAAAAACCAGACCUUGGUAUGAAGUUCCAUAUUUACAAACCUUUUUGAAAAAUAAAACUAUUCGGAUAUUCGAAACAGCCCUGCCUCAUGAUCGCCAUUUUCAAACUACAGAGAGUCCGCCCAGGGAAAAGUAUUUAAAUGGAAAUUAGGACAAACGUCAUUUAAACAUCAACCCUGUCAAGAAGUGAUGAGAAUAUAUGACAGGCCUGCCAAUCAUGCAUACAAGUAUAUGAUAAUACAAUGGGGUAGAAAAGUUGCAGGAAAGUGUUUUGGUUAAAUUACGUUGUAGCAACAUUAUGAAAACAAUACAAUGUUAUUUCCAACGUUGCCACAAGAAAAUGAAACGUUCCAGCAACGUUCUUUUCUGUCUGCAAGGCUUGGACUAGCGGAUGAGUCAAUAUGCUGUCCCAAGUGGAGAUACAGAUCGUGGUGGAGUGUUUUAUGUUAAUAUUCAAAGAAUAAAGUGAGUGUAAGA